GUACAUGCUACUUUUCUACCUUUCUUUCACCAUCAUCAUCUUCUCUUUCAAUUCCUAUUUACACUUAUUACACCAUCGACUAUUCUGGAACUGCUUACCACCUUUCCAUAAAUCUUCAUUUCUAUAUAUAUAUAUGCCCACUUCAAGAACCUCUCCAAUUCCAAAUACCCACUUUCUCUUCUCUUUGCUUCUCUCUCUUUCUUUGUUAAUUCUCCCACUUUACGCUACAUAACCAUUACCCAUGACUCGCUUUUCAAGAAUGCUUAAGGGCUCUGACUCUCCCCCUGCCGCCGACCCACCUGAGGCCGUCAACGUCGAGUCAGACUUCGUCGUCAUACUCGCAGCUCUUCUAUGCGCAUUGAUAUGCGUUGUGGGACUCAUUGCUGUCGUUCGUUGUGCUUGGCUCCGCCGCAGCGAGAGCAGUGCUUCUCGUUCUCCGUCUCAAGCCAAGGUCAAUAAGGGGUUGAAGAAGAAGAUCCUCCAGUCUCUCCCCAAGUUCACGUACAGCGAUGUGUCGGCCUCAGGUUCUUGUAAGUUUGCAUCGACGGAGUGCGCAAUCUGCUUAGGUGAGUUUGGUGAGAAAGAUGAGAUCAGGAUUUUGCCACAGUGUGGGCACGGGUUCCAUGUUGGGUGUAUCGACCCGUGGCUAGGGUCCCAAUCCUCGUGUCCUUCCUGCCGUCAGAUACUGGGGGUGGCAAGGUGUCAGAAAUGCGGCCGGUUUCCUCCUUCUAUCUCCUCCUCGAGCGGCGAAGGUGCGGCGGAGGCAGAUUCCAAGUCCAGGGUAGAUAAUUGUGAUGUUAGUAAUAACAAUAACUAUCAAAGUCAUAAUCUUGGUGGUGGGUUCUUGCCAUGACGAAGACAACCCACAAAACUUAUGCUAGGAUUUUCCCAUUUCUCUAUUGUACAGCGCGUUGAGGUUUGGGAUGCAUUUUCCUAGCUAGAGGCCACAGCUAAUUGCAAUUGGCAGGUUUCAGUUUCGGAGUCUAUAAGAAUAUGACCUACGUUUUUCUUUUCUUUUUUCUCGUACAUGAGAAAAUAACAUUUUUUUUUCUUUUUAAUUUUCAGCCUCUUUUUCAA